AGAAGAGGAACUAACCUUUGAUUAAUCUGGACUUUAAUUCUUGCGCACAAGAACCUGGCCAAUUACGUAGGCAAAACCUUUGAUCUUAUAAGAUGAAUUCAUCAGGCGCAAACACAGGACUUUUCGGACAGAAGAAGGAUGAUGGAUCCAAUUCAACCGGAUUUGGAGGAUCAUCAUCAGGAGGAUUUGGGAAUUUCUCCAACACUGCUUCCACCGGUGGGUUAUUUGGAGCUAAGCCAAGUUCCCCCGCUCCUACUGGGGGUUUGUUUGGUGCUCCUAAGACAGAUUCGUCAGCACCAGCAGCUUCCACUGGAUUCUCAUUCGGCGCUAAACCAAGUUCACCAGCUCCAACUGGAGGUUUAUUUGGGGCCCCAAAGACUGAUGCAUCAACACCAGCACCUGCUGCUUCAACUGGAUUCUCAUUUGGUGCAAAGCCAAGUUCUCCAGCUCCAACUGGAGGUUUGUUUGGUGCUCCUAAGACCGAUGCACCAGCACCAGCAGCUUCGACUGGAUUUUCCUUUGGUGCACCAAAGACUGAUACACCAGCACCAGCACCAGCAGCUUCCACCGGAUUUUCAUUCGGUGCACCAAAGACUGACGCAUCAACAGCUACGCCAGCUAAACCAGCUGCUACUGGCGGCUUCUCAUUUGGAGCCCCAAAGACUGAUACAGCACCAGCUGCUUCCGCACCAACGGGGGGAUUAUUCGGAGCUAAAACUGAUGCUGCACCAGCCGCUUCUACCGGAGGAUUAUUCGGUGCUAAAACUGAUUCUAAACCAGCUGGUUCUACCGGAGGAUUAUUCGGUGCUAAAACUGAUUCUAAACCAGCUGCUUCCACGACUGGUGGCUUAUUUGGAGCUAAGACAGACUCUACACCAGCUGCUUCAACCAGUGGUGGCUUAUUUGGCACUAAGACAGACUCUGCACCAGCUGCUUCAACCAGUGGAGGAUUAUUUGGCGCUAAAACUGAUUCUAAACCAGCUGCUUCCACGGCUGGUGGAUUAUUUGGCGCUAAGACAGACUCUACACCAGCUGCAUCAACUACUGGUGGCUUAUUUGGAGCUGCCAAGACUGAUUCUACACCAGCUGCUAAAGCCCCUUCUACUACUUCUGGAUUUAGCUUUGGAGGUGAGAAGAAGGAUGAUAAACCUGCCACACCAAGUCUUUCAUUUGGAAAGCCAGAAGAAAAGAAGGAUGAUAAACCAGCUACAACCACUACUGGUGGCCUCUUUGGAAAACCUACUGAAAAGGCUGCUGACUCAAAUAAAUCGACUUCAGCCUUUUCAUUGAAUAAACCAGAAACAUCCACCAAUGCUACAGCAAAUACUGCCACUGCUGCCACCACCACCACCACCGCUAACAAAUCAGGUGAAAACAUUAAACCAACCACCAUCCAACCUCAACAAGUUUCUAUUGACAACAAAACCAUGGAUGAUAUGAUCAUUAAAUGGUCAAAGCAAUUAACAUCUACAAGCAGUAUUUUCAAGACAUAUACAAAUAAGGUUCAAAAAUGGGAUCAACAAUUAGUGAAGAGUGGAGAUGAAAUAUCUCAAUUAUAUCAAGAUGCUUUGGAAGCAGAGGCAUUACAAUCUAAAAUUGAUCAAAACUUGAUGUUUGUUGAAAGUCAACAAGAUGAAUUAGAUAAAUUAUUGGAUCAUUACGAAGCACAGGCAGAUACAUUACUUGGUAAUGUAGAAUUAGGGAAUAACGGCAACAACACACUUGUUGAUGGUUAUGGAGCAUACAACAAUAGCGCAGGCGGUCUUAGUGUGACCGACAAGCUUCGUGAAAAGGCGUACCAUAAUGCUGAAUUAUUAGAUGAAAGAUUGGAUUCUAUGGGUAAUAAUAUUUCUACAUUGAUCGAUGAGAUCAAUUCUGUUAGUGAUGUUUUCAAUAAGAAUCUACUUAUUGGGGAUAGUUCAAGUAAUGGUAAUGAAAAGAGUGAGCAUAAAGAUGGUGAUAACCCAAUAGAAGAAGUUGUCAAGUUAUUAAAUUUACAUUUGGAAAACCUUAAAUAUAUUGAAAAGAAUGAGCAAUUAUUGAAGGAAAAGUUGGAAAAGUUAGACACCAAAAAGUUGAGAAAUUAAGUAAGAAGUAGAUAUAAAGAAACAGAUAA